UCUUGCUUUGUGUGUGCUUUUUGGCUCCAUUUUUAACUUCCUCAAGAUCAUCACUGACCCCUCUCUCUCUCUCUCGAUCCCUCAUUCUGGGUUUGAUUCACUUCCAACUCCUUCUUCCUACUUCUGUUCAAUAGAUUUGACAGUGCGAUUGCUUCUUCGCCCUUAAUCCCGACGCUUGGGGGUCAUCUCUCGGCAAUUGCUACGGUUUGUUGUAAUUCGUUGGCUUCGAAGAGCUACUAAAUCUUACGGAGAGUUGACACAAAUGUCAGAUUUGGGUGAAAAGAGGUGGAAGAGCCAUCAUCAUCCAUCUUCGAAGACGAUCAUGGAUCGAUGGUAUUUGGUGCAGAGGCGGAAGAGCCAUUGUCUGUCGUUGAAGACGAUUGUGAUCUCCGCGAUGAUCACGCCGUUCCUCAGUUCUCGGCGAUUACUGAAUUCGACUCUCCUCUAGAAGAAAAGAUCAUGAGGAAGGUCAACAUGGAGGGAAAAUGCAUUCAAAAAGUUUCAUCUCAAGACUUGAAUGAUUCUGACACUAGUGAAGCUCCCCUUGAGUCUCUGUGCAAUGCGUGCGGGAUCAUGAGCAGGAAGAAGAGGCGGGCCAUGAUUGGCCUGAACAAGAUCGGAAUGGAGAUUAAGAAGGCGAAGCACAGCAACAACAACAACGGCGAUUCCUUGAAGCGGAGGGUCUUGGCCUGAGGAAGAGAAGUGUUGAUGCAAAGACUGAUGG